AAUGAAACAUUGGAUUCAUGACCGUCCCCUCUAAAAUUAGUACCAUCAAUUUGCCGAACAGCAUCUUCAAUUUAGCUCUCUCUCUCUCUCUGAGAAUUGAGAUUCGGUUGAAUGCACAAGAAUCGAUUUUUCUGCACCCAACGACGCCGGGAUCUGCGUUUCAACCCAACAACGGAUUUGUGUUGAUUGAAUCCGGUGGAAUUGGCAGUGAAUAAGAGAAAAGAGGGGUUUUGUUGUUCUGUAAAAAGGGAUUUCUAUUUAGGGAUUUGGUGAAGGAAAAAAAGGUUGGGAGGGAAAGGGGAAUCUGUUAGUGUUAGGAAUGUUGACAAAGAGUGGCGACCAUCAGACGGUCCCUUUAUCUGUGUUGCUGAAACGGGAGCUUGCCAAUGAGAAGGUUGAGAGGCCGGAGCUUACGCACGGCCAGGCCAGUCAGAGCAAGAAGGGCGAGGACUUGACUUUUAUCAAGACCGAAUGCCAACGGGUUUUGGGCGAUGGAGUCACCACAUAUUCUGUUUAUGCGUUAUUCGAUGGUCACAAUGGAUCUGCAGCUGCAAUCUAUUCGAAGGAGAAUCUCCUAAAUAAUGUUGUGAAUGCUAUUCCACAAGAUCUUAACAGUGAAGAGUGGGUAGCAGCUUUGCCCCGAGCUUUAGUUGCAGGGUUUGUGAAAACCGACAAAGAUUUCCAGGAAAGAGCCCAAACUUCAGGAACAACGGUAACCUUUGUAAUAAUUGAGGGAUGGGUCUUAACCGUUGCUUCAGUUGGCGAUUCUCGUGGUGUGCUUGAAUCAGCUGAAGGGUCGAUAUAUUAUCUCUCAGCAGAUCAUAGACUUGACUGCAGUGAAGAAGAGAGGGAACGGAUAACUGCAAGUGGUGGUGAAGUUGGACGCCUUAAUACCGGAGCUGGCACAGAGAUUGGUCCAUUGAGAUGUUGGCCCGGUGGCUUGUGUCUUUCACGAUCCAUUGGUGACUUGGAUGUCGGGGAGUACAUAGUUCCCGUACCUCAUGUGAAGCAAGUCAAGCUAUCAUCAACUGGUGGGAGGCUUAUUAUCUCGAGCGACGGUGUUUGGGAUGCGUUAUCUGCGGAAACAGCUUUUGAGUGUUGUAGAGGAAUGCCACCGGAUGCUGCAGCCUCUCAGAUUGUCAAAGAAGCUGUACAGGUGAAGGGGCUUAGAGAUGAUACAACGUGUAUUGUUGUAGACAUACAACUUCCCGAGAAGAACGAGCCGCCAAAAGUACCCCCUAAGAAGCAAGGGAAACGAGGCAUAAAGUCCAUGUUUCGGAAAAAGUCGUCAGAGUCGACUUCUCUCCCAAGCAAGGAAGAACACAUUGAGCCAGAGAUGGUGGAGGAAAUGUUCGAGGAAGGAUCGGCCUUCCUAUCGGAAAGGUUGGAUUCGAAGUACCCGGUGUGCAACAUGUUCAAGCUGUUUGUAUGUGCGGUUUGUCAAGCGGAGAUAAAACCGGGAGAGGGCAUUUCAAUACACUCGGGAACAGCUGAUACGAAAAAGUUACGGCCUUGGGACGGCCCCUUCCUCUGCUCGAGCUGCCAAGAGAAGAAAAACGCCAUGGAAGGGAAAAGAGCUUCCGGAGCUUCAAGAUACAGUAGUGGAAGUGACUAGUCGAUCUCGUUCAUCCCUCAGAAAACGAGUGCUCAAACCGAUUAUAACUGCAAAGGCCGUUGCAUGACAAGAUCAAAACUACCAUCUGUUGCUAUAAUCUAAUAGUUGGAACCCCUAUUGUGAAUAGCUAAGACGAAGGCCGUGUUUUUUACUUUUUUUGGGUUUGGACUUGAAGAUGAAGAUGAUCAACGAACCCUAAAACGAGUAAGUCUUCUUGUGUACAAUCGUCGUAGAAUAUACCAGAGAUAACUUAUUUGUUGAUCGAGUUCAUUAUUUACUCAAAUACACUCUUUCCCCUCACAUAGCUAACAAGUGAAAAGCUAUCACCAUUGUAAUAUUUGUCACAUAGAAUGUUUUAAUAGGGUUUUACUUUGUCUUAGACAACAUUUCUUGGUGUAACAUUGUUUUAUAUUCUUUCUUCUAUGAUUAAAGAAGCCAAACAUUCACAAUUA